AGCGACAAGUCCGGAUGGCAAAAUGGACGGGAAGGUUGACAGGAGGGUGUCUCAUUCGGACUCUGACGACGAAAUAUUCCACCCUGGCUGCACCUACACCCCGAGGUGGUGCACCAUGGAUUCUAGCAUGCACUUCACCAGUUGUGGCAGUCUGUCGUCCGACGGUGCGGACGGAGACGUAGGGGACGGCGGCAAACAUGGCUGCAGGUUUCAACGUCAGCAUUCGAUCGUGGACGGACUGCUGUUCGAGAUCUACGACCGCUGGCACGGCGGCAGCCUCAGGGACAGCUUCGACAGCGAUACCCUGACCGAGUGUUCCAGCACUUCGGAAGUUUUCUACAGACACUCGUUUGGGUCGGUUGGCAGACGACACUCGAUUUCCAGACAGUUCCAGAGGGCAUUUUUCGAAAACCAAAGUGUAGUCCAGCUGAAGAGGAUGGUGAGUGAUCUCCAGCGCAGUAUCGGCCAGUCGUCUCACCGACUCGUACGGCAGCUUAAACGACGCGACAGACGCAUCGCCAAGCUACACCGCAACUGUGAUGUCGUCACCGCCAUCCUGCAGGCUGUGUCACUAAAGAGAAGAAUUGACACGAGAAUGAGGUUUAGUAUCGAGCCCCCGACAUGUAUGGGGGAGAGUGCCUUCGACCAGUGGAAAGACGCCAUGAGAGCAGUGGCCAGACUUCCCAUGGGCAUCCCCACCGAGUUCAGGAAAAAGGUUUGGCUCAGUCUGGCAGAUAACCAUAUAUCCGAGCUGAAGGUAGACUGGGAGAAAACCGUCCGCUUCACUUUCAACGAACGCAGCAACCCCGAUGAUGACAAACUUGGAUUGCAGAUUGUCAAGGAUCUACAUCGAACAGGCUGUACAAACUUCAGUGGCCAUGACAACGAUGAGGAGCGGGCCGUGUUGAAGCGGGUGCUGCUGGCGUAUGCGAGAUGGAACAAGCAUGUCGGGUACUGCCAGGGCUUCAACGUGAUCGCGGCACUGCUGCUCGAUGUGAUGAACCGCAAAGAAGACGAUGCUUUAAAGGUGAUGAUAUACCUGAUAGACCAUGUUCUUCCUGACAGCUACUUCACCAACAAUCUUCGUGCCUUAUCUGUGGACAUGGCAGUGUUCCGCGACCUUCUGGAGCUGGCCCUGCCGACCCUGGCACAUCAUCUCCACCGCCUGCAGCAUGCAGCACAGGACGUUGCAACCGGUGCCUGCUACGAGCCCCCGCUCACCAAUGUCUUUACAAUGCAGUGGUUUCUCACGCUGUUCGCAACCUGUCUUCCAAAGAAUAUCGUACUGCGGGUCUGGGACUCCAUCUUCUUAGAGGGGUCCGAAGUCCUGCUUCGAACGGCUCUCACAAUCUGGGGCAAAUUGUCAAAACGUAUCCUGGGUGUGAGUAGUGCUGAUGAGUUCUACACUUUGAUGGGAGACCUGUCGGCUGAAAUGAUGGACGGAUGCAUGUUCAACGGGGAUUAUGUUAUUAAGUCUAUAUAUUCCUUGUCUCCGUUCCCAUUUCCUCAAAUCAAAGAGUUGCGAGAGAAAUACACUUACAACAUUCGUCCCUUCACGAACACAGCAAGCUCGGCGAAGAAACCAUCGCGAGCGUCGAAGAACAUCCUGUACAGCGACGAGGAUGACCUGGACGAUGAAGACAUCGAAGCGAUAACCUGUUUCCCGGGCUUCACGCCGCUCCAGGUGAAGAAAGGUGGCGACAGUGAUGGUGGUUCGGGGUCGGUGGCAGACAUCUCAGUGUUAGGCCCGGGGGUGUACGGAUCGACGUCAGACAAUCUGGGGUCGGGUCAGUCCGCUGUCUACAUGGAGCGCAUGUCGACUGACAUCACCGCUCUGCAGAAACAGUACGAGAAACUGCGACAGAGACAGACGCAGGCGCACAUCAUCAUUUCAGCUGCCACUGCCAGGUCGAUGACUAAAAGACCGAAGCCAACAGCUCUUGUACCAAAGAUCGAAAGUCCACUAGCCAUGAAUCAUCUGUUUGUUGGGAAGAACAGCAUGGGAAGUCGUAACAGGCUGAUAGCUGAGGGCCCAAGGAUCGUGUCCAUGUUUCCCAGGAACACACACUUCACAAAGCAUCUCCAGGCCCUAGACAGAGCCAGUGCAAAGUUGACCAAAGAGAAAGACAAUAAUUCUAAAUCAUCUGUUAAAAAAAGCAAUACUUCAGUUAACACAUCCCAAGCUGUAGAGAUGGAGAAGAGGAAGUCCGAAGAUACUGCAGGAUCUAAAGAAGUAGAAUCAGGACAAUCACAGGAUAAUGUAGGAUCAACAAAAUCACAGGAUAAUGUAGGAUCAACACAAUCACAGGAUAAUGUAGGAUCAACACAAUCACAGGAUACUUCAGCAUCAGGGAAAGUGCAAGAUGGUGUGGGAUCAACAAAACUGCAGGAUAAUUUAAGGUCCAGUGAAUCACAAGAUAAUUUACGGUCCAGUGAAUCACAGGAUAAUUUAAGGUCCAGUGAAUCACAGGAUAAAUUAAGGUCCUGUCAAUCAGAGGAUAAUUUACGGUCCAGUCAAUUACAGGAUAAUUUACGGUCCACUCAAUCACAGGAUAAUUUAAGAUCUGGAGAAUCACAGGAUAAUUUAAGAUCUGGAGAAUCACAGGAUAAUUUAAAGUCCAGUGAACCACAAGAUAACUUAAGAUCUGGAGAAUCACAGGAUACUGUAGGAACAAAGGAGUCACAGGAAAAUGUAGAAUCAAGGGAAAGAAAGAGUUCGGCAGAUGUCAAAUAUCAGGGUGUACAAGAAAAUGGACUGCAAAUGUAUGCUUCAUUGCAUAUGGCGACAAUGGUAACCUCAGUGCAAAGCAAGAAUACAGAUUCAGUGUUAGUUGGUACAGUGGACAGAAGUGAUUUGUGUGGGAAUAAUGUGUGUUCUCAAGAUAGAGCUGGCUGUGAACUUAACACUGUUGAACACAAAUCUCAGUAUUCUGCUGUGUCCAGACUUGAUCUGUGUUCAUCUUCCAACUCCUCGUACAAUGAGGAUUCCACUUCAGGUUGUAGUGCAGUACUUGACAAAAAUAACUCCACUUUGCUAACAGGAUCAGUAGAGAAACUCCCAUCCCUAGAGGAAAGCGACUCUGCCAUGCUGAAUUCACAUGUGGGGAUUUCAGAGGAAAUCCCAAGGCAGGAACACAUAAUGGUGAAAUCCCUGUGUCAGUCAAACAUCUGCACAGAUAUUUCAAUGAGGACGAGCUCCGAGUCGGACUGUGGACCCAGUCCCAGGUGGACUACAAUAACGAGUGCAGAUGCUAGUCAGACUGAGUCUCACAUGGUUACCAAGUUUGUGUACAUCGCCAGCAAGCAGUACAACAACCGCAACACCAGCUCUUCGUCGUCGGCUUCAUCGGCAGCAACCAGCCCCACCACCCCUGUUAUGACAUCGUCCCCCGUCAAGUCAAAUAAGCCGUUUUUCCCGUUCCCUGUGAAACACGUGAAUCGUAACAGAGCCAAAAAUGGCCUGAAGCUUGGACUGUACAACCCAUCGACUGUGGAGCUUGGUGACAGUACUAGGCAGAAGCAAGGAAAUGGAUUUGUUAAAACCAGGAAUGGCCUGUCUUGAAACAUGAAACAGUAUUUAAAACAGAAUGAAUAGUACAUGUCAUGUAUCAUGACGAAAUAAACAGGUGACAGUGGGAAUAUAAUAAAUUUCUUCAGCAUUCAAAACAUUUCAACUCUUGUGAAUCAGUCUGGAUCAGACAACUUGAACAGAAUGAAUGGGACAUGUAUCAUGAUGAAAUAUACAGGUGAAAGGGUUACGUUUGACAGUGGAAUAUAAUAGAUUCCUUCAGAGAUCUGUGAUGGAAUAUCGUUAAUGCUUUAAUGUUUUCACAGUUCAGCCUGAAAAAAUUAACAGUAUUUAAACCUGACAGUAGAAUAUCUUGAAUUCCUUAAGUCUUAGUCUUAGUCUUAGUAACUGGUUUAACAUGUCCAUAUACCACUAGGGUUUCGAACACGCCUAUCCCGAGUCCGGCCUCGGAUAGGAUCGGGGGUCUGACUCGGGACAGGGAUUUUUUUCUUAAGAGAUAUGCAAUGAAAUACUGUUAAUGCUUUAGUUUUCACAGUUCAGUUUGAAACAACUAACAAUAUUUAAAUUCAUAGCUGAAUAUCAUGUUUAAAUGCUUGUGGAGAGCUGCAAUGGAACACCGUUAACACUUUAAUUGGUGUUUAUUUUCACCAAGGAUCAUCAUUAACCUGUUAAUCUCUAGUAAACAACGGUUAUGCUUCAGUCUUUACAAACAUUGGGUCUUAAAUACAGUUAAAGGAAUUUGGUUCUCUUACAAUAUUGUAUAUUUGUUAUUGUCUAAAAGAUGAUUCUUUACUUGAAAAUGUAAUUUGUUUCACAUCUUGUCAUGUGAAAUUUAUUUCUGAGUGUAAUCAUCUGAACAUUACCCUAAACAUUUUCAAAUCCUAUGAUAUCCGAAGAUGAGUACCGUAUAUAUACUGGUGUUCAUAAUCAUUAUAGGUUUUGAUUUUUUGUCAAUCAUGCUGAUACAUGUAUGUGAAUAUCUAAAUUGUCAGAACUUUCAAAAACAAAUUUGAUGCCAUUUAUAUAUUGAAACCUAUCAAAUAAUUGAAAAUAGAGUAAUAUUAAAACCAAAAAUUUAAAUUUUGUUGCACACAAAUAAAUGAUUGAAUAUAGAAUCUUUAUAACUGUUUUAAAUUUAUACCACUUUUUAUUUUGACUUCUAUGUAAACUUACAUGUAAUUGUACAUACCUAAUGUGCAGUAAAAUUGAGGAUAUUUCAUGUUUUUUGUCAACUAUGAUUUAUAUCUCAUUGAGUGAAGUUUGCAAACAUAUGUCAUGAGUUGCGCUUGUGCGACGAGUGUGAUAUGAUUGCAAACUUCACUUGAUGAGAUAUAAAUCAUAUUUGACAAAAAACUAUUUAUUUUAUAACUUUUGUCAAUUGACCUUUAUUUUUAAAAUGCCAGCAGCAAAAUA